CACACUCCAGCUGAUCGGCCUCGACUCCCGGUGCGGUCCGUCGGACUGUACGCGGUUAAUCGUUUUUCUAGUUUUAUGUACAUCAUCUGAAAGCAUAAGUACAGGUCGUGCUCUCCGCAACGCGUACGUCGGGUUUUUGAAUCAGGGAUUAUAUAUUAUAAAGCUUUCUUGGAAAGCGACCUUCCGAGGAAUUUCCCCACAACAAACAGGCCGCUACCCGAUCCCCGGUGUUUCUUAGAGGAGCCUGCCACUUUUCAGUCAGCCAUGGGGGAUACAGGGAGUGAACGUAGCAAGCCGCCAAGUAACGUUAUACCUCCGCGCUGUCCUUGUGGGUUCUGGGGGUCAAGCAAAACCAUGAACCUCUGCUCCAAAUGUUUUGCAGACAUCCAGAAAAAACAACCCGACGAGGAGUGUGCAUCAGGGCCCACCCCCAGCUCCAGCAAUAGCCAAUCAGCAGUCUUCUGUAAUGAGACGAACAGCAGCAGUAGCCAAACCACAUCGUCCGCGCCGGUCAACUCCGAGGGUCCUUCGACAGACGCCACGCCUCUCUCUGCACAGGAAGAAGCCUCAAGUACAGACACACCUCGUCGCACACUGUCCACUCCCACAAAACGGCCGUGUGCUUCAGCCUCAGGUUCGGAGAGCGAGGCGUCCCCCGAGAAGCGGGCGCGCGUCGGCGAGCCGUCUGAGGACUCUCCACGAGGGUCCAAGCAGAAGAACCGCCGGCGCUGCCAUCGCUGCCAAGCCAAGCUGGAGCUGGUCCAGCAGGAGCUGGGCUCGUGUCGCUGUGGUUAUGUGUUCUGCAUGUUACACCGACUGCCCGAGCAACACGACUGCUUGUUUGACCACCUGGGCCGCGGGCGAGAGGAGGCUGUGCUGAAGAUGGUCAAACUAGACCGCAAGAGUCUGUGUCCAGGAAAUCAGAUUGAGCUUGCUCCUUUUAUUCAGGCUUUGCUCAUGUAACUGCCUUAAACCUGCUGAAAUCCAUUUCACAGUGGCCACUUACACCAGACUCAACCAUCAAAGGCCUUGAAGCACACGCCUUUUAUCCAGAAUUCACACCUCCCACCGAAGACGCACGCAUGCUUUACCGUUAACCCUGCCCUUCCCUGCAAGCAUGCCAUAUUAACAUGCAGGGAGCAUUGCUUCCUGAUAGGGUCAUUUCCUAAUUGGUUAAUACGACAGGACCAUGUAGAACAUUGUAGCUGCAGAUUCCAGAGCCCAGGAGAGUCAGAGACAUGUCUUUAAAGGCUGUUUAAUCGCAUUGUUCUUAAAAUAAGUCACAGUAGUUUUUGCCUAUAUCCAUAUUCUGGCAUUGCUUAUGCCAAAAUGCGAAUAUAAUAUAAAACCUGUUCAAAAAUAAUCACGAAAUAAAACAUUCGUAUUGACUCCUUCAGCUGUGACUUGUUUUAGAUUCUUUUCUUCCACAAGCAAAUGUGGUAGUAUAAAGUUUUCAGAUCAAAUAUA